GCAUCUGUUGAGACUUCGGAGAAUGCUCGCCUUCUGCAAAGCAACAGUUUACAGGAGUUUGUGCAUCCAGUAAUAAACUGUGGUGCUAACAUACUUGAACGGGUGGGCAUGUCACUGUUCCAAAUACUUGAUCCCAGCUUAUGGCAAUUUCUUUGAGUAUCAUUCAAUGUCAUAAUGUAGACUUUUGUUCUAGCUAUAAGUUCUUGUUCGAGCGCCUUUGUUUCAUAAUUAAGAUCGAUUAGAUGACAGGAAAGUCUUCCACGAAGCUGCUUUCAAGACAAUUCAGUUUCACUAAAAACUUCCUUCGUGAUUAUAGCUGUUUGCAGCUUUUGGUGCAUCAAGUGAACACAUCAGAUUCUCACCAAUACGUCAUAUAGUUUGCCACUGGUGCCCUGAAAGAUACAAGUUAGGAAGGAGUUGAUAUUUAGACGCACUCUUGAUAUCUUGACUAGCUGUGACCAACCUCCGGCAGCAGGUUGUGUGUGGCUCAUGUAAGCCUUAACUCAUGACUGCCCAUCCAAUAUGUGUCAAAGCUGACAGUCACAGAAACUGCGGAUGCUAUGACAGUUUUUUGAUGCAAGAUUUUGGAGAUCAGAUUUUAAAAGCAGCUGUAGAUUAUUCUCAAAUCUGAUUAUUUUCGACGUCCUUUCUCUCUUAGCCACUAUUCUUUCCGCUAGCUUUUCCUAACUCCACAGGGAGCGAUUGAAAUAGGUCAUUGCUUCAUAUUACGGACCUGACGGCAUAGGAACGAGCACCUUUCUGGAGAUAAUAGAAAAUGUAUGGCCCUUGGUCAUGUUCAAGCAACAACACUGUGACCUGCAGGAAAAUUUCAUAGGAGUUCAACUCAAAGGUCUCGAUUGUGGGCCACUAGCGUACUUGAUGAUCACGUCAAAAACGGUAUGGACAUGGUCAUUGAUUCUGCUAGUCGCUUGCAAUCGAGUCCAUUCACGAACCUUGUUGGCUGCAGAUUAUAUUCUUCUGGUGACGUUACUUGUCAUGAAUUUGGAGAGAAGUUUGAUGAGCUCAUUCAUGAAGUAUGCUCGUUGCUUGCAAGGAAUCCAGAGACAUGAGAAGUUUCAGAGCAGAAGACACUGGAGUAGCGUCGCAGGGCAAAAGCGUAUCUAAUAUCAGCUUCGGGACGACAUAAGGAAACACUAAGCUCGGAAUUAGAUUUCUUGGUCCCAUAAGAAAGCGUUGCACACAAGCCAGUAGUGCAGCGUCUAGUACUAAGAGGUCAGCUUACAGUCUGAGUGGGUGGGGUCAGCAUGCAAACUACUGCCUUCCGUAACAAUAGAAUCCUGCAUUAUUUGAACUUGCUUGCAAAGCAGCUUGAAUUUGUUCUACUUCUCGCUGCUGAUGAUUCCAAAAUAUAUUUCAUACUUGGAAUGCGCGAAUCAAAUCAUGUACAUUACA